AUGAUUUUAUCUGAUUCAUAAAUACCAUUAUAAAUAGAUGUCUAAUCUCAUAGUCGAACUUGUCUCAAAUUAACAUUUUGGCUUAUACUUUACAUUACUUUAAAAGUAAUCACUAGCAGAUAAAAUUAAUAUUCAUUCUAUCAUUUUUAUUAAUAGAAUUGCAAAGAUAUAGAUUUUCAAAACUAAACCAUAUAAUCAUGUGAUUCAGAUGGAUUUUUCAAUCCACAAACUAACUAUGUUUUUCUAGAAGUAGCAUUUUCUAUUCAAUUAGUAUUUCUUUUUUUAUAAUAUUAGCAAGAUCUAUUUGAACUUAAAAAAACUGUACUUUCACCAAAAAUCCUAAUACAUAAUAUCAAAACACAUCUCCUUCUAUAUGGAAAUCAAUCACUAUCAAAUUAAACGUAUUAUUAAUUUUUAUUUAAGAUCAAUCAAUCCAACCUCUUAAUUUGAAAAAUUAAUCAUAAAUGAGACAUUUAAUUUAAAGAUCUAAUGCAAUUUAAUGGUUACUCAUUAUAAUUGUUUAGGAGAAUUAAAGGAAGUUAAUUUAAAUAAUUAUCAAUUCAUUUUUUCACAAAUUACCGUACAAAAACCACCAUAAUAUUAAUCUCUUAAAAUCUUGAAUAUAUCAGCAACACUUGAAAAUAUUAAAUAUUAUAGAUUUAUCUUUCUCCAUUAAGUAUAUAUUUAUAUUAUUUAGAUUAUAUUUAUCUUGAUUACAUUAUAUGCAUUAUUUAAUUAUCUUUAUCAAAUUAGACAAUAUAAUAGAUUUAAAUGGCCAGAAAUACUUAAAUGGAUUCCAUAUUUACUAUUAAUGAUGAUUUUUUAUAAUUUCCCUAUUUAAAUUUUUCGAUUGUCUUAUUACCAUUUAGUUGAAGGAUACACUCAUAUAAUUUAAUUUAUUGUUUAAACAACAUUAUGUUAUUUUUGGCUUCUAAUUUUUGAAUUUUAAUAACUUCAGAAUGUCAAAGAUGAAGAAUUUGCAGCCAUUUAGAAUAAAUUAAAAUAAAAUCACUUGAUUAAAUUUUUAAUCGUAUUAUUUUAUACCGUCCCAUAAACAGUUCUUAAUCUUUAUAUAAUAUUUGAAAAGUAAACAAGAAUUCAGUUUGAUUUAAAAAAUUAGAUGACAUAUUCAAGUUCUUAAUAUUUUAUAAGUUUACUUGCUAUAUCAAUAUACACAGUUAACUAUUUAUACUUGUUAUAUAAAUAAUGGAAUUAAAAAUAAUCAGAUAUAGAAUAAGAUCCUUCUGUUGAAAAAUCCUACGAAAUAUUUGAUGAAUAAGAUUAAUUGAGAGGAGCUAGAUCAUUUUUUAAAAAUUAUAAAUUUCUUCACAUCUUAUCAACAAUAUGCUUUGCCUUUGUACUCUAUAAUGAAUAUAUAAGGCUCUAUGAACACCAAAAAUUCACAACAUAAAAUGCUCUUAAUGAAUAAAAUGCAUUUAAUAUUUAUAUUUGUUUGGUUCUUUAGCUAUAUGUUCCAGCUAAAUUAUAAAAAUAUCAAUAACCAAACGAAUAAGCUUAGGAUAAUCGAAUACAAUAAAAUGAACAGAAUGAAGCCAUCUGAAAAUAUAUUACAGAAUAUUAAUGAACGAG